AUGCUAGGUGCUAAUUAUAAAAAGACUCAUCAUUAGGAGUAUACUGAGCCUAUUCCUGAGUCAGCUCGUGGUUCAGUCAUUCGUACAUUCGAAGAAUUGAGGUAAUCCCUCUAAUUGAACAAUGCUGUCACUGAACAUAGAUAGAGCUAGAUGUCUAACAGAUAGAGCAGUAUGAAUAGAGAUCGUAAUAUGAAUGCUGGUGAUAAUGGCAUCAGAUAAUCCAUCAAUUAAUCUCGUAAGUACUAAGAACCUAAUUCCUAAUACAAAGCUACUGUUCCUGAACCCACUAAUGAAAAUAACGAAAAGGAGCAUAAGAAUUAAACCAAAGAAGCUUUGGGAAUGAUGGACGACCACAAGAUCCCACUCGAAGAACUUCGUGAGCGUUAUCAAACCGAUUAUUAAAAGGGUUUGAGCUCAACAAAAGCUACUUAACUUAAUGAACAAUUUGGUGACAACAAACUUAGUGAAAAGGAAAGAGAACCCCUCUGGAAGAAAUUCUUGAAGGAAGUCUCCAAUGGUUUCGCUAUUAUGCUUUGGGUUGGUGCUGCUCUUUGUAUCUUGGUCUAUAUCUUGUAAACUGAUGAUCCUUCCAACUUAUAUUUGGGUAUCGUCCUCAUCUUAGUUAUUUUCUUGACAGGUUAUAUUACUUUCUAAUAAACUGCUAAAUCAGAAGCGCUGAUGGAGUCGUUUAAAAAUUUCCUGCCGUAACAAUGUACAGUUAUUAGAGAUGGUGAAAACAAGAGUAUCGACGCCCUUAAGCUUGUCGUUGGUGAUGUUGUUCUUGUCAAGGCUGGUGAAAAAAUUCCUGCAGACAUUCGUAUUUUGAUGUCUAAUGAAAUGAAGGUAGAUAAUUCUCCACUUACUGGUGAAUCAGAACCUCUUCUUAGAACAACUGAAUGUACUCACCCUGAAAAUCCCCUUGAAACAAGCAAUCUCGCUUUCUUUGGUACACUUUGUAAGGAAGGUUAAGGUAGGGGUGUUGUAGUUCGUAUUGGUGAUAAUACAACUCUUGGUCAAAUUGCAGAUCUCUCUUCAACUGAUAAGAAAGUAAAGAGUCCUCUCAGACAAGAACUUGAUAGAUUCGUUAUCAUGAUUACAAUUAUUGCUCUUUUCUUGGGUGUUUUGUUCUUCUUACUCGCUUGGUUGCUUAUGCAUUAUAACAUUCUUUAAUGUUUAAUUUUCGGUAUUGGUAUUUUGGUCGCUAACGUCCCUGAAGGUCUUUUAGGUUGUAUUACCAUUUCCUUGGCUAUUACCGCUAAGACUCUCUCUGAAAAGAAUGUCUUGGUAAAGAAUCUCGAAGCUGUCGAAACUCUUGGUUCAACUUCUUGCAUUUGCUCUGACAAGACUGGUACCCUCACCCAAAAUGUCAUGACUGUUGAACACAUGUGGUACAACGAUUAAGUAAUUAGAGCCAAGAACAAAUCUCUUGCCUCUCCUCAAGAAAUUGAAUAUGAUGAAACUGAAAAGGGUUUCCAAAACUUACAUUAUGCUGCUAUGUGCUCUUCUGAAGCUAGAUUUGACCUAACUGAUAUUGUUGACAGAGAUAACAUCGAUUAUAUGAAAUGUCCAGUUAUGGGUGAUGCCACCGAAACUGGUCUUGUUAGAUUCUACUAAUACAUUGAAGAUAUUGAUGCUACCCGUAACAGAUUCAAAACUGCUGAACACAAAGGUUAACCCGCUAGAAUGCCUUUCAACUCUACCGUUAAGUUUGCAUUAACUAUUGUUGAAUAAAAAACUAGUGAUUCUGACUAUUGCAUUUAUAUGAAGGGUGCCCCUGAAAAAGUAUGGUUGUAUUGCUCUCAUAUUUUAAUUGGUGAACGUAAACACGAAAUCAACUAAGAAUGGAAGACUAAGUUCGACAAUGUCAACAAGAGAUUUGGUAAGAAAGGUGAAAGAGUUCUUGGUUUUGCUAAAUUGCACCUCUUAAGAGAAGAAUACCCCUAGGGUUCAACUGUAUUCAACGUAACUUCUCCCGCUAACUUCAACUUUAAACUCGCUGGAUUCUCUUUCUGUGGUUUGGUUUCUCUCAUUGAUCCCCCCAAAACCAGAGUCCCUAACGCCAUUCUUGAAUGUAGAUCCGCUGGUAUUAAGGUUAUCAUGGUUACUGGUGAUCAACCUCCCACUGCUGCUUCUAUCGCUAGAUAAGUCAACAUUAUCCCCUAGAGCGUUAAGACUGUUGAUGAAAUCAUUGAAACUGAAAAUAUCUCUUGGGAAGAAGCUGCUGAAAAGUGCGAUGCUAUCGUUGUUCACGGUGAUAGAAUCGUCGAGUCUUUGGUUAGAGAAUAAGAAGAAGGUAAGGAAGAAUUCAGCUACUUAAGAACCUGGGUCAAGAAACCUUACUGUGUCUUCGCUAGAACUACUCCCGCUCAAAAAUUAUAAAUUGUCCAAGCUUGUCAAGCUGAAGGUUAUGUUUGCGCUGUCACUGGUGAUGGUGUAAAUGACUCACCUGCUAUCAAAUAAGGAGAUAUAGGUAUUUCCAUGAAUUUAACUGGUUCUGAUGUCACUAAGGAUGCUGCAGAUAUGGUCUUGCUUGAUGACGAUUUUGCUUCUAUUGUCGUUGGUGUUGAAGAAGGUAGAAAAAUUUUCGAUAACUUGAAAAAGACUGUCGUCUAUUUGCUUACUUCCAACAUUCCUGAAAUUAUUCCUUUCUUAGCUUUCAUCAUCAUUCAAAUUCCUUUACCUCUCUCUAACAUUUUCAUGUUAUGUAUUUGUGUUGGUACCGAUAUCUUACCUGCUUUAUCUCUUGCUUAUGAAGAAGCAGAAAUUGAUAUCAUGACAAGAAAGCCCAGAAAGAAAACCGAUCACUUGGUCUCCAUGGUUUUGAUUACUUGCGCUUAUCUCUAAAUGGGUAUGAUUUCUACUUGCGCUGGUUUUGCCGCUUACUACACUGUCUUCAAUUAUUAUGGAUUCACUCCUGAUGGUCUCUUCAAUUUGGCUAAUGUAUAUGGUUACUAACCAGAUGAUAAUGCUUUCAACUGGACUACAUACCCACCAAAUGUUGAUCCUGUACUUGCAGAAACACUUUUCAAAGAUCCUAUGUACUUUAACACUUAAUUGUACAAUGCUGUUAAGAGUGCUGGAUAAACAACUUGUACUAAUGUAAAGCUUCCUGAUGAUUACAACAUUAACUGGGCUCUUAUAGAUUAGGGUAAAUAUGAUCUUAGAAAAGCCCUUCUUAAAUGUGAAGAUGGCUAUUUCUAACCUACUACUACUUGGAAUCACGAAUGUAAUCUUAGCGAAACUUCUCCAGUCACAGAUUAUCCAGUUUGUUAUUCUAUUGAUGCCAACUUCUAUGCCUAAACAGCUUUCUUCGUUGCUAUCGUUUUGGUCUAAUGGAGUAAUGUCUUUGCUUGUAAGAGCAGAAAGAUGUCUUUCACAACCUCACCUGUUAAUAAGGUUAUGUUCAUGGGUGUCCUCGUAGAAACAAUCCUUUGUAUUUUCCUUUUCUACACUCCUGGAGUCCAAAAAGUUUUUGGUGCUCGUCCUCUCGAAUUCUGGUAGUUCGGUAUUCCUGGCCUUCCCUUCUCCAUACUUCUUUUACUCUGGGAAGAAUUCAGAAAAUUCCUCCUCAGAUCAUCUAAGUGGUUCAACAAGCACUGUCUCUGGUGA